GAAGCGGGCAGCAGCAGUUCGUUGGACAUUUUUUGUUAUAAAUAAAUGCUAAUGCAAAGUAUGAGGGGUGCCGAUACAUUGAUCCCGGCGAGAUUCUUAACACUUCUUGCCCAUUUUUGUGUGCUGUUGACAUUAUUAUGGGAGAGCAAUCAGACUCUGCGGCAUUGUUUACCAGGUCGGGCGCACGACAAUCUAUUCCCGAUAUAUCACAGCCGGUAACAAACGAGCACCAGCACCUCACGCAGACGCAUGACUACCGGCCGGGAUGGUCGUUCUACUUGGUGCUGGCUGGAGUGGUCACCACGCUGGGAUCCUCGCUUCCUGUCGGCUUUAACAUCGGAGUGGUCAACACGCCUGCCGAGGUGAUAAAAAAGUUUUGUAACGAGAGUUUUAUAAGCCGUUACGACCUACCCCUAGACGAUACAUGGCUGGAUGUUCUCUGGUCUUCCGUCGUGUCUAUCUUCAUCGUAGGAGGAUGUAUCGGCUCCAUCCUCGGCUCGGUGGUGGCUGACAAUUUGGGCAGAAAGAAAGCAACAAUAGUGACGAGUGUUUUGUCACUGGCCGGGGCUGUGUUGUUCCUGUCGUGUCGCGCCGCCAACUCGGUGGAGAUGCUCAUCCUUGGCAGACUGCUCGUUGGACUAUCGAGUGGUCUAACAACGAGUAUAGUGCCUAUGUACCUGGCAGAACUGUCGCCGCACAGUCUUACGGGUGCCAUGGGGGUCGCGUGCCCUAUGGGAGUCAACGUGGGCGUCCUGGUGGGUCAAGUCAUGGGCCUGGAGGUUUUAUUGGGUGGUGCCGCCGAUUGGCCGUACCUGUUGUCUGUGUUCGCGAUACUAGUCAUUAUAUGUUUACCUGUGCUGUUUGUGUUGCCUGAGAGUCCGAAGUACCUUUAUGUAGUUAAGAGGAGCGAAGCAGAAUCUAUCAGGGAACUGAGUCGUGUCCGAGGCGUGUCCAGCAGCUUGCUGGGUGACGAGCUGGAUGUCCUGCGGGAGGAGGCGCGCCGCUCCGGGGGGGAGCGCUGCAGCAUGCUGGAUGCUGUGCGGGACCCCGCCCUCACGCUGCCGUUGCUGCUGGCAUGCAGCAUGCAGGCGGGGCAGCAGACCAGCGGCAUCAACGCGGUGUUCUACUACUCGCAAACGAUCUUCAAACAAGCGGGCCUGUCGGAGCAGGACGCUCAGUACGCCACCAUCGGCUGCGGCUCCAUCAACGUGUGCACGGCCGUCCUGAUGCUGUACCUCCUCCCCAAGAUCGGCAGACGUCCCCUGCUGCUCACUUCAAUAUUUUUUGCUACUGUCAUACUAACCUUGCUGGCAGCUGCUUUAAAGUUCAUUGACGCUGUAUCCUGGAUGCCGCACGCAGCCAUGGUCGCUGUGCUGAUGUACGUCCUAGUGUACGGAUUCGGUCUAGGGCCUAUACCUUACUUUAUUGCUUCCGAGAUGUUCGAGGUGGCGCAGCGUCCUGCUGGCAUGGCGUGGGGGUCGCUGGGUAACUGGGGGGGCAACUUCCUGGUGGGGAUGUGCUUCCCCACCAUGAGGGCCCUCAUCGGACCCUACUCCUUCCUCGUGUUCGCAGCUUUCACUGGCUCACUCUUUGUCUUCCAGAAAUUAUACUUCCCCGAGACCAAGGGUAAGACUCCGACACAAGUGUCACUGCUGUGCAGCCGGGGUCUGAAGUCCCGACCUCUUCGCUCCGAGACUCUGGGCCAUCUCUGACAUCUUGUCAUGAGUGAUGUGAUAGUUAAUAAUAAUAAGUUUAGUUGAUUAAGAUGGCGUAUCUGUACCUUGAGUACCCGACCGACUGGAGACGGUAUUCAUGAGCGUGCCUCUUUGCAUUACGAGUGAUAUAUGUAAUGUAAUGUGCGAAGCUUAGUUUUUUGGGGUUUACUUUUGAGAAUUCAUAUAAUAGAAAAUUAUUUGUUGAGCAAAUUCUAGUGUUUGCUAAAGGUCACGUUGAUAAAAUAUCAGCGCAUCCAUCCAUCAAAGAUUUUUAAAAUGCUUGUAUAGCCGUGACGUCAUUCACUGUCUUUUUUUUAUUCUGGCCAGCCUUCAACUAGAUGAAGUAGGUCGUGUAGACGGAUAAGGCUUCGGUAUGAGUAAUAAUUUACUUUUUUUUUCUUUUUUUGACUUACUCAUGUAAGCCUUUCAGUUUUUGACAUUUGAGUAUUUUUGUUGCGUCACUUUGCAUAUAUUGUAAUUAAAAUGAUUUGUAUAACAACUAAAAUGUAAAUCUUGACUUAAAAGAGUGGCAAUGAGUUUCUUGCUACUUCUUCUCAUUAGCUCCACCCUUUACGAAAUAGCGGUAAAUUCAAUAAGAAACAUUUUUUUUUUUGACAUUCAUAAGUGUCAUUUCUGUGACCUACAUGAAUAAAGUGUUUUUGAAUUUGAAUUUGAGACGGAUGGAUAUGUAAGGAAUAAGGUAUGGCGCGGACUCUUAUCAAUGUAGCAAUUAGCGGGUUUUGAUAAAGUGAGUUCAAAAAGAGCAAAUGCACGAAAUUAUUUUUGUGUGUGUCUGUGUAUCUUAAUAUGGCCUUUAAGAAUACUUUCAGUUGCUCAAUAUGGUUUUGUAAAUGCAUUCUGAAUUACAUUGGCCGAAGACACAAAAGUACAAAUUGUAUGUAGUUUUCUUAUUCAAAUAUUUUUAUUCAAAAGGAUUUUAAAUCACUUAUUGAACUACAAAAACUAACAUCUAUUCGAAAAUUUUUAUACGUCAGAGUUAGGAAGAAACAUGCGUUAGAAACAUAGCGGGUUUAUUUUUUUAUUUAAUAAAAUUUCAUAAAUAAUUUCAAAUGAUAGCGAGAAAUGGGAUUAAUUAAAGUGCCUAUAAAGUUGUAAGAGAUUGUUUUCCAAUUGAUCAUAAAAUAUAUUAGUUAGAUUUAGCAAAAUGUGACUCGGUUUGAAAAGUGACGUAAUAUUUGUGCACAGUGUGUCAAAUGUAAAUUGGCGGUAAAAUGGGGGCGCUUUCGGCGUUCUGAUUUUUUAUAUUUUCUACUCAAUUACGCAAGACGCUACAUGUAUUGUGUGUAUAUAUUUUGAUUGAAUUUAACUCCCUAUGGCCUCCUCUAGUGUUUUCUAUUUGGCUCUAUUUUACCUUCUUCCUGAAAGUAUUUACCUGGGCGGUAAAGGCGGUGUCAUCGUGUCACCUCUUGUUUGGUCCAUCUACAUCCCUCUCGGUAUAAUAUUUAUUAAUAAUAGUAUAAAUAUUUAAAAAAAAUCACACGUACAUUUUCUAUCCCGCGCCAAUUUAUGCUUGCCAAGCUGUAAGAUCUGCUGAGAAAUGUCAAUCAAGUAUCCCGCACGAACAAAGAAAAAACACUGUGCGUAGUAUUUAAAAUUUCUAGAUUAUCUAAUGACCGACACAGCUUUAGAUAAUUUAUACGUCUAGAUAGUCUCUUGCUGUUAGACAACCGAUAGGCGAGGUUUAAUACUUUAGUAUGCGUGAUAAGCUACGUCUUACACUCGCGAUUUGUAUGACAGUUUGAGUUAGUGUGUGUGUGUGUGUUGCUCAAAAUACAGGUUAACUCUUAACUAAAUUUUUUCCGACGUUUUCACAGCUGUCAUAGUUUACCUAGACCAUAGUUUCUCAACCUUAUUUUGCUCACCGCCCACUUUGAGAAUAUGUUCGAAUGUAUUUUCGUGUACUUUUUUGCCUUUUUAGACUAUAUUUUUAAUCUACCCACGCCCCAUCAGCGCCAUCUCAAUGCCCCCUAAUUUUCUCUGGGUCUUCUACUGCCCCCCCGAAAGUCACAAACGCCCAUAAGGGGGCGUUAUCAACGUGGGCGACGUUGAGAACCUAUGAUCUAGACGUAUAAAUGAUCUAAGGACGCAGCUUUAUCGCAAUAAUGUAAUAUAUAUAAUAUAUUAUGUGGAUAUUUUUACGAUACGCUUGUUUGAAAUAAAAACCCUAAUUCUUG